AUGUUGGCGCCGGGGAAUGAGGUUGGUCUUUUUGGUUUGGGAUUCGCCGGGCCGGGUGGGGCUCAACAGAUCAGCCCACCAUCCAUUCCAGAGUAUGAGUUUAAAGAAGUGGUAAAUCAUGGACUGAUGAGAAAAUCAUACUACAGUGACCGGAGCCCCACAACUGAUUCCAGUAGCAGCGGGGGAAGCGAUUUAAGCCAUGAAAAUGGAUUGUUCCAGCUCGAGAGAACCUUCAAUCAAGCUCAUGUGGAGCCCAAGUUGAGCCUAGGUUUUGAAAUGACAGCUUUGAAUCCUGCACCUUCAGAGCUACCCACACACCUUCAUCAUCACCACCACCACCAUUACCAACCUCAUAUUUAUGGCCACGAGUUCAAAAGAAGUCCAAGAAUGAUCACUGGAGUGAAGAGGAGUGUUAGAACUCCAAGAAUGAGAUGGACAUCAAUUCUUCAUGCCCAUUUUGUUCACGCAGUUCAUCUCCUCGGCGGCCAUGAAAGAGCAACACCAAAAUCGGUUCUAGAGUUGAUGAAUGUGAAAGAUCUAACCCUAGCUCAUGUGAAGAGUCACUUGCAGGUCGAUUUUCAUGGUUGUUUUCGUACUUUUAUCAUGUCUUAUAUCUUAUAUAUAUACAUGCAUUGGUGUGCUUCGUGGGCGGUGGGGGUGGAGGAGUACAACGGGAUGUAUAGAACAGUGAAAAGCACCGGCAGAGGAACAGGUAUUAAUUCCGAGAGCAUUGGCUCAAUCAUUACAAAUGUCACAGGUGAAGGGGAGACAGAUUCGGUUUUGAAUCAAAGGGCGGUGAUAGUAGAAGCUGAGGAAGCACCAUCAUCACCACUCAAUACACUACAAAAAGACCACAGAGAUUCAUGGUCAUCAAUAAAAGAGACAUAUAAUGGUACACAAUCAAGUCAAGAAAAUGCAGUAGAUCAUCCUCAUUUCGAGGCAAAUGACAGUAAGGUGGAUGGACAUGAAGUUUCCCUCCAAGUGCCUGAAAAUGAGGGGAAGUUAGAUAACAACUCCUUGUCAUCAUCUUCUGAUAUGUUACUAAAUCUAGAGUUCACCCUAGGAAGACCAAGUUGGCAAAGGCACUUUGAUGGAUCAAAUGCAUUCAAAUUACGUUCUCUGUGA